AUGGCUCAAAUAAAGGGUGUAAUAAAUCAAGCUCAACAAAUUAAACAAAUACAUAAUUCUACAAUAACUACUAUAUUACAUGAAGCUAAUAAAAGUUCAACCCAAGAACUAGAAGUACCAACAAAUGAUAUAGACCAAGACACUGAUAGCAAAAAUGAAUUACAAGUACUAGUUAAUCAAAACUCUGCAAAAAGAAAUAGACACAACUUAGAAAAG